CUAGCUCUUCUCUCAGCUAGCAUUUCAUGUGGACUGUGAUAUGUGCAAAUUAUUUUGCUUUAUUAUAGCUGCCUGACAUGGAGAAAUGAAGCUUUUCCUUAGUGUGGUGGGAGAGAGAGAAUAAGUUCUACCCAUUGAAUUUCUGCACUUAAAGACAUGAAGGAAAUGUUGAACACGCUCAACAUGGGGGAUGUGAAACUCGUAUCUACUAGGAUCUCCAAAGCCACCUUGACUCUGGACCACUCUUCUCUAAGGCCUCCUAUUCCAACAGAGCCACCAGCAUUUACUUUACCUCCAAGGAAUAUCCGAGUGCCACUUGGAGGCACAGCCAGGUUUGAAGGCAAAGUCAGAGGCAACCCAGAACCACAGAUCACGUGGUACAGACAUGGGCAUCUUCUGAUGGAAGGAGAGCGCUGUAAAGCAGAUUGCAGCAUUCGAGGACUUUUCACUUUGAUAAUCAAAGGGGUGGAAGAAGAAGAUGGUGGCCCGUACACAUGUGAAGCCAGAAAUGCUGGUGGUCUUCGCCAGGUGACAGUGGAGUUAACAGUGGAAGGAACUGUCUUGAAGAAGUACAACCUGUCUUCCAGUGCCAAAAGUUCUGGUGGUAGACUUACUGUUCCCCCUGUGGAGCAGCGACCAAGCAUUUGGGGUGAAUGUCCUCCCAAGUUUGCUACGAAGCCCAAUCGAGUCAUUGUACGAGAGGGUCAGACUGGUAAAUUUUCCUGUAAGGUAACAGGACGGCCUCAGCCUCAAGUCACUUGGUUCAAGGGUGAAGUUCAGGUGCAGAAGAGUGAUCGUUUCAACAUGUUUGAGAAAGCAGGCAUCCAGUUCUUGGAGAUCCAGAACGCUCAGCUGGCCGACGUCGGAAUUUACACUUGCACUGUGAUGAAUAGUGCUGGGAAGGCUUCUGUGUCUGCAGAGUUAAUGGUUCAAGGUUCUGCCAAGAGAGAUGUGAAUACUCAUUCUGUUUGCUCUUUGACAAAAUCCAGUGCCUGUACAAAACCCACCAUCACAACCAAAGCUGUUGAGACCUCAGAGUUCAGAAAGGCUACCAGCAAUGGUAUUGCUAAAGAACUCAAAUCCACAUCCACAGAACUUUUGCUAGAACCCAAAGAGAGGCCAGUUGGGAAGAAAGAGAUUCCAUUGGCUUCACCCAAAGAAACCAAACAGAAUGCAUUAGAAAAGGUGAAAGAACCAACUACAGAGCCACCUAAAGAAAAAGGAAGAGGUUAUCGGGUCUUGCAAACCUCGUCAAGCACCAUAACAUUACAGUCUGUUAAAGUACAAACGGGACCAAAGGUGGACUUGAAAUCAAGUUUCCCUGGAAAGGAAGAGGAUGUGAAAAAGACAAAGUAUCCGUCAGUAUCAGGUUGGCAGGCUACGUCUUCAACCAGGUUGGGUGGUCUGAGGACUAAGGAGCGGGAAGACCAUGCUAAAUUAAAGAAAAGCAUGACUGAUGUAAGCAGAGAGCCUCAAGGGAUCCCUCCCCAGUUUGAAUGUCGCCCACAAAGCCAAGAAGCAAUGGAAGGAGAAGAGGUUACAUUCAGAUGCAAAGUUUCAGGAAAGCCCAAGGCAAGUGUCGAAUGGUUCAAAGAAGGAGCCCAAUUAGAAGCUGGAGGUGGGAUCCAGAUCUACGAAGAGGAUGGGAUCCAUUGUCUGUGUCUGAAAAAGAUCCAGCUGGAAAACAGUGGGUCAUAUCGUUGCACAGCCAGCAAUACUCGUGGCCAGGCUUCAACCAGAUGGAUAUUAACUGUAAAAAGGCCUAAGGUGAAGGACGUGGCUCCCCAUUUUUCCAGUGUGUUGAAAUCAUGCAGUGUGAGUGAAGGACAGGAUUUUGUGCUCCAGUGCUCAGUUGAAGGUUCACCAAUGCCUCAAAUCACUUGGCUUCUCAAUGAUCGGCCAAUUCAGUAUGCACAUUCAGUCUUUGAGGAUGGAAUUGCAAAGUUGACUGUUCAAGAUGCUUUACCAGAAGAUGAUGGGCUGUAUACCUGUCUAGCAGAGAAUAAUGCUGGAAGGGCUUCCUGCAGUGCUCAAGUUACCGUCAAAGAAAAAAGAAGCAGACAUAAAUUGGAAAGUACCCAUCCUGUAUUAGCCAAGAAAACGUUCCCUCCUGUCUUCCUUAAAGGCUUAACUGAUCUCAAGGUGAUGGAUGGCAGCCAAGUGAUCAUGACAGUCGAAGUCUCAGCUAACCCACCUCCUGAGGUCAUUUGGCUGCACAAUGGGAAAGAAAUCCAGGAAACAGAGGAUUUUCACUUUGAGAAGAAGGGCAAUGAAUAUAGCCUAUAUAUCCAGGAGGUGUUCCCAGAGGAUACUGGAAAGUACACCUGUGAGGCCUGGAAUGACUUAGGAGAAAUUCAGACUGAAGCAACACUGACUGUGCAAGAACCCCAGGAUGGCAUUCAGCCAUGGUUCAUUAGCAAACCCAAAUCAGUGAUAGCAGUAGCUGGACAGAAUGUCCUUAUUUCCUGUGCCAUUGCUGGAGAUCCUUUCCCUGCUGUUCAUUGGUUCAAAGAUGGGCAGGAAGUGACGCCAGGAGCAGGCUGUGAAUUCCUGCAGAAUGAGGACAUCUUCACACUGAUUAUAAGGAAUGUGCAACCCCGCCAUGCUGGCCAGUAUGAAAUACAACUCAGGAACCAAGUUGGAGAAUGCAGCUGUCAGGUGUCUUUGAUGCUGAGAGAAAGUUCAGUUUCCAGAGGAGAAAUACACAGCGAUGGGAGGCAGGCAGAACGAAGAGAUGCUGGUGAUCACGAUGCACUGACAUUUGGAAGCUCUGGUGGCUUCAGAAGGAAUACUAGCGAAGAUCUGCAAGUUGAAGAAGAACAGGAGGACGUCCGUGGGGUGCUUAAAAGGCGAGUAGAAACUCGAGAGAGUACAGAGGAGAAGCUUAGGCAACAAGAGGUGGAACAGAUUGACUUCCGUGACAUUUUGGCCAAGAAAGUCAACACUAAAAGUGUUUCUGAGGAGGAGCUGAAGGAAAUUCCAGCUGAACAAAUGGACUUCCGUGCUAACCUGCAGCGGCAGGUCAAGCCCAAGACCUUGUCAGAAGAGGAAAGAAAAGUCCAUGCUCCCCAACAAGUGGACUUCCGGGCUGUGUUGGCUAAAAAGGGCGCCUCUAAACCUCCUUUGUCAGAGAAAGCACCAGCCCCUAAGCCAGCUGCCCCUGAUUUCAGAUCUGUGCUUGGUGCAAAGAAGAAAGCUCCAACUGAGAAUGGAGGCCCUGGUGCCCAAACUCAGAAUGCCAACGCCAGCUCAGAGGUGCAGAAACUCAGCACCCUCUCCAAAGCAUCAGAUGUUGGAGCCAAUUCUAAGAAUCCACCAGGGUCCAAGUUGGACUCCAAGAGCUCCAGCACUAAAACACCUGAUACAAGCACUAUUUCAGAAGCCAAGAACGAGAGCUCCAGAUCUAAACCUCAGAAUGUGAGCACUAACUUGGAAGCUCAGAAUGCCGGCUCCAGAUCUAAACUCCAGAAUGCAGGCAGUAAUUCUGAAACCCAGAUGGCCAGCACCAACUCUGAAGUGCCACAUGACAACCUGGGGAAGAAAGAGCAGAAGAAUGACCUCAAUUGUCAAGGAGGUUGCCUCCCAGUGGUGGAUGGACAGUUAAUUGAAGAAACGGUAAAGGGCAACAAAACGGAACCUAAGGGAACACCACCAUCCUUUACAGAAAUGCUACAAGAUACCCGAGUAGUAGAAGGUGAAAAAUUAGUCUUGCAAUGUCAGGUUUCAUCAGAUCCUGCUGCUGUUGUCACCUGGACUCUGGAUGGAAAAGUCAUCAAAUCAUCCAAGUUCAUUGUCCUUUCACAAGAAGGACCACUGCUCUCACUAACCAUCGAUAAGGCAUUUCCUGAAGAUUCAGGCCAGUAUAGAUGCAUAGCUGAGAAUGCUGCAGGACGGUCGGAGUGUGCUUGCAGUGUUUCAGUGGAAGAGUCUUCAAGACCAACUGAAAAGAAAAGUAAAAAGCCAAAGAGCUCACUUCCUCCUACACUCGCAACAGAAAAUGAGGCAACAGUAAAGAAGAAACCAGCUCCAAAGACUCCACCCAAAGCAGCUCUCCCACCUCAGAUUGUUCAGUUCCCAGAAGAUCAAAAAGUGCGGGCUGGCGAGUCUGUGGAACUUUUGUGCAAAGUGACAGGAACACCUCCCUUAACAUGCACCUGGAUGAAAUUCCGAAAACAGAUCCAAGAGAAUGAGCACAUCAAAAUUGAGAAUGCUGAGAACAGCAGUAAGCUAACUAUCUGCUCCACAAAGCAGGAACAUUGUGGGUGUUAUACUUUAGUCGUAGAAAACAAGCAAGGCAGCAGGCAAGCCCAGGUUAAUCUCACUGUUGUAGAUAAACCUGAUCCUCCAGCAGGAACGCCUUGCGCCUCAGACAUCAGGAGUUCUUCCCUUACCAUCUCAUGGUAUGGCUCCUCCUAUGAUGGUGGAAGUGCAGUGCAGUCCUACACAGUGGAAAUCUGGGACACAGUAGACAAGAAAUGGACAGAUCUCACAACUUGUCGCAGCACUUCUUACAAUGUACAGGACCUGUUACCUGACAGGGAGUACAAAUUCCGGGUGCGAGCUGCUAAUGUUUAUGGGAUAAGUGAACCAAGUCAUGAAUCUGAUCUAGUAAACGUUGGAGAGAAGCAAGAAGGCCCUAAAGAAGAGGAAGAAGAAGCAGAAGUGUCUGAUAAUGAAGAGAAAGAACCAGAAGUAGAAUAUCGGACUGUGACCAUCAAUACAGAACAGAAAGUUACAGACUUCUACAACGUUGAAGAAAGAUUAGGCUCGGGCAAAUUUGGACAAGUUUUCCGGCUUGUUGAGAAGAAAACUGGAAAAGUGUGGGCAGGAAAAUUUUUUAAAGCUUAUUCAGCUAAGGAUAAGGAAAACAUACGGCAAGAGAUCAGCAUUAUGAACUGUCUGCACCAUCCAAAGCUUGUCCAAUGUGUAGACGCUUUUGAGGAGAAAGCUAACAUUGUCAUGGUCUUGGAAAUUGUUUCUGGCGGGGAGCUCUUUGAGAGAAUCAUUGAUGAGGAUUUUGAGCUAACAGAGAGAGAGUGCAUUAAAUACAUGAAGCAGAUCUCAGAAGGUGUACAGUACAUUCAUAAACAGGGGAUUGUUCAUUUGGAUUUGAAGCCUGAAAAUAUUAUGUGUGUCAACAAGACGGGUACAAGAAUCAAGUUGAUUGACUUUGGACUUGCACGACGACUAGAAAAUGCAGGUUCUCUGAAGGUCCUUUUUGGGACACCAGAGUUUGUGGCUCCAGAAGUUAUAAACUAUGAGCCUAUUGGGUAUGCUACAGACAUGUGGAGCAUAGGAGUCAUCUGCUACAUCUUGGUCAGUGGGCUUUCUCCUUUCAUGGGUGACAAUGACAAUGAAACCUUAGCCAAUGUUACCUCAGCCACCUGGGAUUUUGAUGAUGAAGCUUUUGAUGAGAUCUCAGAUGAUGCCAAGGAUUUCAUCAGCAACCUUCUAAAGAAAGACAUGAAGGACCGCUUAGAUUGUUCUCAAUGCCUUCAACAUCCUUGGUUGCAAAAGGACACCAAACACAUGGAAGCCAAAAAACUGUCCAAAGACAGGAUGAAAAAGUACAUGGCUAGAAGAAAAUGGCAGAAAACUGGGAAUGCUGUUCGCGCCAUAGGAAGACUGUCCUCAAUGGCAAUGAUUUCUGGCCUCAGUGGGAGGAAGUCCUCUUCAAGCUCCCCAACCAGUCCUGUUAAUUCAGAAAAGACAGAAGCAGAAGAUGACACUGCCAACAGUCUCCUGGAAGCAGUUGAUGAAGAAAGGUCCCAUGUGAAGCCAUAUUUCUCUAAAACAAUUCAAGAUAUAGAAGUUGUGGAAGGCAGUGCAGCUAGAUUUGACUGCAAAAUUGAAGGUUACCCUGACCCAGAGGUGAUCUGGUACAAAGACGAACAAUCUAUCAAGGAGUCCCGGCACUUCCAGAUAGACUAUGAUGAGGACGGCAACUGCUCUUUGACUAUUUCUGAAGUUUGUGGGGACGAUGAUGCCAAAUACACUUGCAAGGCAAUCAACUGCCUUGGAGAAUUGGGCAGUGAAUAUUCUUCCUCCUCCUCCACUGAGAAUCAUUUUCCAUAA